CAGCAAAGUCUAUAAUGUAGCAAGGCUUGGUAAGCAUUAGAAGGGGAACUGAAGCUUUCCUUUAUUUCAUAAUCCCAAUUGUUUUUCUAGAAACCAUCAAUAGCCUCUAAAUGACUGACUCAAUUUUUGGAUCCUAUUCUCAUGACUAAGCAAAUGUUUGAUUUGAAACCAGCCCAGUAUAAAGGUCUCUGUGCCUCUAACUGUAGCUAUUCCGGAUUUCAGCACUGGGGAGACCAGUCUAGGCACCAAAAUGUCUAAAUCUGGAACCAAGAUUACUUUCUAUGAAGACAGAAACUUCCAAGGCCGCCACUAUGACUGUGACUGCGACUGCGCCGACUUCCACAUGUACCUGAGCCGCUGCAACUCCAUCAGAGUGGAAGGAGGCACCUGGGCCGUGUACGAGAGGCCCAACUUCGCGGGGUACAUGUACAUCGUACCCCGGGGCGAGUACCCCGAGUACCAGCACUGGAUGGGCCUCAACGACCGCCUCAGCUCCUGCCGGGCUGUUCAUCUGUCUAGUGGAGGCCAGUAUAAGAUUCAGAUCUUCGAGAAAGGAGACUUUAAUGGUCAGAUGUACGAAACCACCGAAGACUGCCCUUCCAUCAUGGAGCAGUUCCACAUGCGAGAGGUCCACUCCAGUAAGGUGCUGGAGGGCGCCUGGAUUUUCUACGAGCUUCCCAACUACCGCGGCCGGCAGUACCUCCUGGACAAGAAGGAGUACCGGAAGCCCAUCGACUGGGGUGCAGCCUCCCCCGCUGUACAGUCUUUCCGCCGCAUCGUGGAGUAGCUGACAGGGACGGCCACGUGCUGGCUGGCCUGGUCAUCCAAAUAGGCAUCAUUAAUAAAACAAUUGGCAUGCA